AAACAUCUGCAGAGUCAGGGAGGCCAGCCCACAUUUCGGCCCCUCCUACCAAGGAUAAGACUUUCUUGAAGUCCCGGGCUGAACACGGAUCGUGGUAGAAAGCUAGAGACAUAGAGAAGCCUGAAGAUCCUCAUGUUUUAAAGAAGAUAGAGUGCCAGAGAAGACCUUUGAAGUGUGAAAAUUUCUGAAGUUGAAACCAAAAUGUCAUUUAUAGAUCCUUAUCAGCACAUCAUAGUAAAGCACCAGUAUUCCCAUAAAUUCACGGUAGUGUGUUUACAUGCCACCAAAAGUAACAAAGGGGGCCUUCGGUGACAUGCUUGACACUCCAGAUCCUUAUGUGGAACUUUUCAUCUCCACGACCCCCGACGGCAGGAAGAGAACAAGACACUUCAAUAAUGACAUAAACCCUGUGUGGAAUGAGACCUUUGAAUUCAUUUUGGACCCUAAUCAGGAAAAUAUUUUGGAGAUCACGUUAAUGGAUGCCAACUAUGUCAUGGAUGAAACUCUAGGGACAGCAACAUUUCCUGUGUCUUCUAUGAAAGUAGGAGAGAAGAAAGAAGUUCCAUUUAUUUUCAACCAAGUCACUGAAAUGAUCCUGGAAAUGUCACUGGAAGUUUGCUCAUGCCCAGACCUACGAUUUAGUAUGGCUCUGUGUGAUCAGGAGAAAAUUUUCAGACAACAGAGAAAAGAGAACAUAAAGGAAAACAUGAAGAAACUUUUGGGUCCAAAAAGUAGUGAAGGAUUAUAUUCUACACGUGAGGUGCCUGUGGUGGCUAUAUUGGGCUCAGGUGGGGGUUUCCGAGCCAUGGUGGGAUUUUCUGGUGUGAUGAAGGCGCUAUAUGAAUCAGGAAUUUUGGAUUGUGCUACCUACGUUGCUGGUCUUUCUGGCUCCACAUGGUAUAUGUCAACCUUGUACUCUCACCCUGAUUUUCCUGAGAAGGGGCCAGAAGAGAUUAAUGAAGAACUAAUGAAAAAUGUUAGCUACAACCCCCUUUUACUUCUCACACCACAAAAGAUUAAACGAUAUGUUGAGUCAUUGUGGAAGAAGAAAAGCUCCGGCCAACCUGUCACCUUUACUGAUAUCUUUGGCAUGUUAAUAGGAGAAACACUAAUCCACAAUAGAAUGAACACUACCUUGAGUAGUUUGAAGGAAAAGGUCACUGCUGCCCGAUGUCCUUUACCUCUUUUCACUUGUUUGCAUGUCAAACCUGAUGUGUCAGAGCUGAUGUUUGCAGAUUGGGUUGAGUUUAGCCCGUACGAGAUAGGCAUGGCGAAAUAUGGCACUUUCAUGGCUCCCGACCUGUUUGGAAGCAAAUUUUUUAUGGGAACAGUUGUGAAAAAAUAUGAAGAAAACCCCUUGCAUUUUUUAAUGGGUGUGUGGGGAAGUGCCUUUUCUAUAUUGUUCAACAGAGUCUUGGGAGUUUCUGGUUCACAAAAUAAAGGUUCCACAAUGGAGGAAGAAUUAGAAAAUAUUACAGCAAAGCAUAUUGUGAGUAAUGAUAGCUCGGACAGUGAUGAUGACUCACAAGACCCUAAAGGCACUGAAAACGAAGAUGCGCAAAGGGAGUAUCAGAAUGAUACUCAAGCAGGUUGGGUCCAGCGUAUGUUGAUGGCCUUGGUGAGUGAUUCGGCUUUAUUCAACACCAGAGAAGGACGUGCUGGAAAGGUGCACAACUUCAUGCUGGGCUUGAAUCUCAACACAUCCUACCCACUGUCUCCUCUGAGAGACUUCACCACACAGGAGUCCUUCGAGGAUGACGAUGAACUGGAUGCAGCUGUGGCAGAUCCCGAUGAAUUUGAGCAAAUAUAUGAGCCACUGGAUGUCAAAAGCAAAAAGAUUCAUGUAGUGGACAGUGGGCUUACAUUUAACUUGCCAUAUCCCUUGAUCCUGAGACCCCAGAGGGGGGUUGAUCUCAUCAUCUCUUUUGACUUUUCUGCAAGGCCAAGUGACACCAGUCCUCCAUUCAAGGAACUUCUACUCGCAGAAAAAUGGGCUAGGAUGAACAAGCUCCCCUUUCCAAAGAUCGAUCCUAAUGUGUUUGAUCGGGAAGGGCUGAAGGAGUGCUAUGUCUUUAAACCCAAGAAUCCUGAUGUGGAGAAUGAUUGUCCUACUAUCAUCCACUUUGUUCUAGCCAACAUCAACUUCAGAAAGUACAAAGCUCCAGGUGUUCCAAGAGAAACUAAAGAAGAGAAAGAAAUAGCUGACUUUGACAUUUUUGAUGACCCAGAAUCACCAUUUUCAACCUUCAACUUUCAAUAUCCAAAUCAAGCAUUCAAAAGGCUACAUGACCUUAUGUACUUCAAUACUCUGAACAAUAUCGAUGUGAUAAAAGAUGCCAUAGUUGAAAGCAUUGAAUACAGAAGACAGAAUCCAUCUCGUUGCUCUGUUUCCCUCAGUAAUGUUGAGGCAAGAAGAUUUUUCAACAAGGAGUUUCUAAGUAAACCCACAGCAUAGUCUGUGUACUGAAAGAACAGCAAUGUCUGAUGCUAAGGUCAUUUGAAAUUCCAUGACAACUGGAUUUUAAAGUGUAAUUGCACUGAACAUAAAAGAGACUGGCUAAUGCUCAAGAGUUGUGGCUGUUUACCUACAUGAAAAUAAUACUGUUACAAAUUUGCUUGGUGGAUAAAUGACGUCAUUAUGCAACAAUGUAAUUAAAAAUAGUUUCUGUCAGUAUGAAUUUCCUGAUGUAAACAGUAGGGAUAUAUACUGUAUUUUAAACAUUCCUUACCAACCUUCAUAUAUGUGCUGUUUUUUAAAAUGUUUUUUUCUUUAAAAAAUAUUUAAUAGUUCAAUCUCAAUGUCUGAAUGUUUUUCACUGACUACCUUUAUUCAUGCCAUGAUACACUACUUUUUAUUUAUACAUGCAUAUAUACACGUAUGAAAUAAAUUCAUCAAUAU